GAGCAGCUCGGAUCCGGAUCUUUUCAAGAUCCUCGCAGAGGUCGUGCAGGCCUCGAGCCCGGCACUCCCGCGCCCAGAGCGUCUCAUCCAGAACCCCCUGCUGCUCAUGGGAUUCAUCCUUCGAUGCGUCUACAGCGAGGAUCAAAGAUGCCAUGCUGUGGACAUUUUUGAAAGCGUCGAUAAGAUGUAUGCCUGCAUCCCAAAGGCGGAUGCUACUGCGCAGGGCGCCGACGCUGACCUGUGGGUGGGGUUUCAGAGGGAGGCCGACGAGCUUGAGAAGCACCUUACGUGCGUGGAGCUGCUUCAGAAGCACAAGAUCAAGCUUUCCCUCAGCUUCGCAGAUCUUCGAAGAGGCUGCAGCAACGAGAAUCUUGCCGUUCACUGCAUGUGGAAUCUGUUCCGCGUCCUCGGCACACGCUACCGGCCAGCCGUCUUUUGGAGGGGCUUCCAGCAGGAGCUCUUCUACCUGCAUAGCCACGCCUUUGCUGCGGUGCCGCUGUCCUCGGUGUACGACAUGUACGUUCGAUGUCUGGUUGAGCAGGAACACUUCGAGGUGAUGUCCGUGGUCGUGGAGAAUUGGACCCUUACCUGCGGCGACAUG